AUGGUUUCGGAAACGGACGUACUAGAGAGGGUUUCGGAGAAGCUCAAACCAAGUCAUUUGGUAACUUUCACUUGUUCUCUUCUUUCUUCUUUUCUACAAACAUUGUUAAUUUUGCUUACAAAAUACUUAUGGAGACCUGGUGGGUGGAGAUUCUAUUUCUAA